GCUGGUGAGUUGGAAGGCGGAGGAGUUUCAUACUCAGUCCUUCAUGCCAGGGGCUGCAGAUACAAAACUCACUUGGUAUUCCUAAGGGGUCUAAUUUUAGAGCCAGGAUCUGGGACGAUGUCUGGGGAAGUGCCACCCAACAUUAACAUCAAGGAGCCUCGAUGGGACCAGAGCACGUUCAUUGGCCGAGCCAGUCACUUCUUCACGGUUACUGAUCCCAGAAACAUCCUUUUAACGAACGAACAGCUAGAGAAUGCGAGGAAAGUGGUGCAUGAUUACAGGCAAGGAAUCGUUCCUGCCGGCCUCACGGAAAAUGAGCUAUGGAGAGCGAAGUACGCGUAUGACUCGGCCUUCCAUCCUGACACCGGUGAAAAGAUGACUCUGAUAGGAAGAAUGUCAGCUCAGGUCCCGAUGAACAUGACCAUCACGGGCUGCAUGAUGACCUUCUACCGGACCACACCGGCUGUGCUCUUCUGGCAGUGGAUAAACCAGUCCUUCAAUGCCGUGGUCAACUACACCAACAGAAGCGGUGACGCUCCCCUCACUGUGAAUGAGCUGGGAACGGCUUAUGUUUCUGCAACCACUGGCGCUGUGGCAACGGCCCUUGGACUCAAUGCCUUAACCAAGCGUGUCUCGCCACUGAUAGGACGUUUUGUUCCCUUCGCUGCUGUAGCUGCUGCUAACUGCAUUAACAUCCCUCUGAUGAGACAAAGGGAGCUCAAGGUUGGUAUUCCUGUCACUGAUGAAAAUGGCACUCGUUUGGGAGAAUCGACCAACGCAGCAAAGCAAGCCAUCACGCAGGUGGUCAUUUCCAGGAUCCUUAUGGCAGCCCCGGGCAUGGCAAUCCCUCCGUUUAUCAUGAACACCUUGGAGAAGAAAGCCUUUUUAAAGAGGUUCCCGUGGAUGAGUGCGCCAAUUCAAGUCACGUUGGUUGGCUUUUGUUUGGUAUUCGCCACCCCUCUGUGCUGUGCUCUGUUUCCUCAGAAGAGUUCCAUGUCUGUGACAAGCUUGGAGGAUGAGUUGCAAGCAAGCAUCCAAAGGACUCAUCCUGAAAUACGGCGUGUGUACUUUAACAAGGGCCUGUGAAGCCAAGAUCAAGCGCUGGAGGCCGGAGCCAUCUGUGAGCCCCCCUAAGCCACAGCAGUGAGGAGAUUUGUAUGCCGGGGCAUUCAAAAGCCUCUACAAGAUCUUCGUUAAGAGUCAAGCUGCCGGUCAGGAGUCUGACAUUUGAAUCGUGUUGUGAUUUACAAAAAAAAAAAAAAAAAAAAAAAAAAAAAAAAAAAAAAAAAAAAAAAAACCUUCUGGUAGAUUUUAAUGAUGCCAUUUCUCCAAAGCCCCCACUGUAAGGUUUCAAAAGCACUGGUAGGCAUAGCAUAGAUGUUCCAGUUACACACUCAGUAAACACUGGUUAUCAGUCAUUGGAAAGGUUACCUGCGCAACCACCAGAUUCCAUUUCUACUUCUCUUCCCCAGAGGUCUCAGCAAUGAAUCGGGAAGACACGAAAAAGGUCUAAGACUAAAUAUCCAAAUUAUAAAUACUAAGGAAACUUUGUUUCCAGUUUGGCAAUGGUCCAGUCCAAAGUAGAACCUCAAUUGAAAAGACUGAGGUUCAGAGCAUCAACACUCCAUACACCUCCCGAAGUCAGCCAUAGACCGGUUUUUUUUUUUUUCAGAAGUGAAACCAUUGUCCCUAUAUGCCUCUUUUUUCCCCCUCUUUUUUUUUUCCAUCCUUGUAGAAUUCUCCCUGCUUUCAGGAAGAUACAAAGAAACCACAUGAACUAGUCCAGCAUCUGUGGACAUUGUGCUAUGUUCCACCUUGUUUGAAGACUGUGAAACAGUGUGGCAUGCCCACAUCUCUAUAGUGAUUUUUACAUGUGAUGUAUUCAGUGUAGCUGAGGUCACUUUGGAAGUCUGUGGCUGUUCCAUGUCCUAGGCAAGCCACUUGUUAACCCUGAGUGACAAUCUUUAUUAAUCAUUGUUAAUUCAGAGAUUUGUACGUGAGAAAACAACAACAACAAAAUUAGAGACUAGCUAGUUUCUGUAGGUUAUUUUUCCCAAUAAUGUUUCCAGAUUGAAUUUCCUCAUAGAGAAAAAAAAAAUUGUGUGCCUUGUGUCUGUGCUUCUCUGCUCUCUGAAAGGAUGGAUGGAUCUGAAGUUCUCAGCCCUCCCCCCACACUGCUGGAAUCUUCUGUAGAGCUGCCUGCCAAGCCACCUGAAACACAGUGGCUCCCUGUGACACUCAGGCCUCAGAUGAGCCUCGCUUGCCUUCACUGCUUCUGUUUUAAACAGUGGUAAAAACCUGGCGUUCAAGGCAGAGUCCACAGGUGCUUAAAGGACACUUUCAGAAGAAGCUGAAGGCCUUGAGGUCUGCCCACCCAGCCGAUCUCGGAGUCCUGGCCCCAGUGCAUGUGUAGCUCUAAGAACAUGAAGUAGCUGGUUGCAAGAUGGACCAACUCACCAAGUGUCGGCCGAGAUAGUGAGAAACGCACAGUAGACAUGGAGCUGGGCUCUUUUAAAUUUGUUUUGUGAAGUUUCAGCCUCUUGAUGCUUUUGUAUAGGAAUACUCACUGUGUGGUUUAAUCAUGAUUUAUUUAAAAAAAAAAAAAAGAACAAAUGAACGAAAAUUGGCAAUCUUUGCUGAUCUUCUAAAAAUACUUUUUUUUUUCCUGAAGAAAAAAAAGCCACACGAAGUGCAAUAGGGUUGUGCGGCGACUCAUUGAUAUUUCUCUGACGUGAGAUAGAGUUGUGUAUGUGUGACUGGCUAGCAGCUAUCAGUAUUAGCGAGGUCUCUUGCCGAUAUCAGAGUCAAUGUGUCAUUUCAGUUUAACUGGAUGAACUGUCAAAUAAAGAAAUGCAGAAUGAAAA